UGGGGGUGUGUCGGCGGCAGCGGGAGGCGGUGGCCGCUCCGCCCCGGGCUUAUAUGAGGCGGCGGCGGUAGUGGGGAGGUUUGUGAGCGGUGGUUGUGGCUCGGCGGGAUGGAUUUGCUCCGGGAGGACGCGCAGGGCAAGCUGAGGUCUGUAUCGGUAGACCUGAAUGUUGAUCCUUCUCUCCAAAUUGAUAUACCUGAUGCCCUAAGUGAAAAAGACAGGGUGAAGUUUACUGUGCAUACUAAGACUACACUGCCAGCUUUUCAAAACCCUGAGUUUUCAGUUACAAGGCAGCAUGAAGACUUUGUGUGGCUGCACGAUACGCUCACUGAAACUGAGGAGUAUGCAGGACUCAUUAUACCUCCAGCACCUUCGAAGCCUGACUUUGAUGGUCCCAGAGAGAAGAUGCAGAAGCUGGGGGAAGGAGAAGUGUCCAUGACAAAAGAAGAGUUUGCCAAAAUGAAGCAAGAGCUAGAAGCUGAAUACCUUGCUGUCUUCAAGAAGACUGUAUCAUCGCAUGAGAUCUUUCUUCAGCGGAUUUCUUCUCAUCCUGUGCUCAGCAAAGAUCGCAAUUUUCAUGUUUUCCUGGAGUAUGACCAGGAUCUGAGUGUUCGGAGGAAAAACACAAAAGAGAUGUUUGGUGGCUUUUUGAAAAGCAUGGUAAAGAGUGCUGAUGAAGUCCUCUUCUCUGGAGUCAAGGAAGUAGAAGACUUUUUUGAACAAGAGAAGACUUUUCUUGUGAACUACUACAACAGAAUCAAAGAUGCAUGUGCAAAAGCAGAUAAGAUGACAAGAUCUCAUAAAAAUGUUGCAGAUGACUAUAUUUAUACUUCAGCUUGCUUGAACAGCCUGGCACUAGAAGAGCCUACAGUUAUCAAAAAGUACUUGUUGAAAGUUGCUGAGCUUUUUGAGAAACUCAGGAAGGUAGAGAGUAGAGUUUCAUCUGAUGAAGACCUGAAACUCUCUGAACUGUUGAGAUACUACAUGCUCAAUAUAGAAGCUGCUAAGGAUCUUCUGUACAGACGUACAAGGGCUCUUGUCGACUAUGAAAACUCGAACAAAGCUCUAGAUAAAGCGAGACUAAAGAGCAAGGACGUCAUGCUUGCCGAGGCACAUCAACAGGACUGUUGUCAGAAGUUUGAAAAGAUUUCAGAAUCUGCAAAACAAGAGCUGAUGAGCUUCAAACAGAAGAGAAUAGCAGCAUUCCGCAAAAACCUAAUUGAAAUGGCAGAACUGGAAAUAAAACAUGCAAAGAACAAUGUCUCUCUCCUGCAAAGCUGUAUUGACUUGUUCAAGAACUAAAGCGCCUUAUUCUGAAAAUGUGAAAAAAAGCAUCAAUUGCACUCAAUGGCCAGGGGCAACUUAUUGGCUUGACUUCAUUAGCUUAAAUAUUGUCACUGAGGUUCUGUUUGACUAAUACUUAAAUAUAUUGAUAGUGAUACAUUGACUUUCUUGGUAUAAAUGAGAAUUGUGUAUGAAUUGUCUGGAUGUAGCUAACAUCCUCUUGGCUGAUAACUCAAAAUGAGUCAAAUGUAAGAAAUCAACUUGCUGUUGACUGACUUCAUCUAGCAGAAAAUGUUUCCUGAGAACUCCCUUUUUUGCAGGAUCAGAGAGUUAUCUGUCUCUUCAUAGUCCUGAUAUAUUUAAAACUUGCAAAUGGGAGUGACUUAUGUGUAGUAAUUUUAUAGAGCAAAUAUCUUUAACAUUCCACUUCCCAGACAGAUUUCUAUUACAAUAUAUUUUGGAUUUCUAUAACUACAUUCAGUAUUUGUACACUUGGGCAAUACAGCAAAUAAAGAUGUCUGA